AUUCACACUAGCUACAAUAAUGGCCACUGGUUUCCUAGUAGCCUUAACCAUUGUUGCUUUAACUUGUUCAGUUGCUUAUGCUUAUGAUCCAAGCCCUCUCCAAGACUUCUGCGUUGCAGUAAAUGAUCCCCGGCAUGCUGUUUUCAUGAACGGAAGAGUGUGUAAGGAUCCGAAACUUGCGACGGCGGAUGAUUUCUUCGCUUCUGGUCUGGACGCUAUUGGGACGCCGGCGUUUCCCGGGCUGAGCGUGUCGGUGAACGUGGCGGAUGUGAACCGGAUACCCGGGCUCAACACGCUGGGGCUCACGGUGGUUCGGGCGGAGCUUGGACCGGCCGGUUUGAUUCCACCUCACACGCAUCCUCGUUCUUCUGAGUUCAUCCUGGUCGUGCAGGGCACGGCCUACGUAGGAUUUGUGGCCGUUGAUCCCGCGAAUCGCGGGAAGAAUCGGCUGUUUGAGAAGACGCUGAAGGGCGGAGAUGUUUUUGUGAUCCCGCAGGGGCUUAUCCACUUUAUGUACAACGUUGGAGGCGGCAAUGCUACGCUCUUUACGGCUUUCAAUAGCCAGAACCCGGGGGUGAUCACCAUUGCAAAUGAGUUGUUUGGGUCGGAUCCGGGCAUAUCCGAGGAUGUUCUGUCCAAAGCUUUCAGGAUUGAUAAGGAAUCUGUCCAACAUAUUCAAGCAAAAUUCUCUUCAGUUGGCUAUGUAAAUUAACAGAAUCUUGGAUGAAGAGAACUGUUUCCAAGGGACAAACAGUGGAUAAUAUGCUCUGUAUUGCUAGAACAUGUGAAAUGAGCAAAUGUAAUAGGAAAGAGUGUCAAAUAUCCUAAAACUCAAAUGGUUUCAUUACACUAUGCAACUCUCUCAAGUUUUAAUUA